AUGGCCACUCAACUAAACAGUGGCCACCCAGGUCUGGCACAAAAUGAAUGGUUCCAUGCUGUCAUAUGUGCUGUCAAGGCUUUCUUUAUUCAUGUGGUCAAUAGAGACAUGGGAGAAAUUUUCAACAACUUUGAAGGCUUCUCCAGAGAGCUUAUCAGCAACAGGCAACUCUGCUGGAAGACACAUUUUAAGAUUGGACCAGAGAAGGGCAUUGUCCACUUGGCUAUAGCUGCUGUCCAGAAAACUCUGUGGGCCAAAGAAGAGGGAAAGGUGACGCCCAUGGGACUUCAAUGCUGCCAAGCAUUUGCUAUCUGCAUGGAAUACAGAUACAUUACUGGUGUGCUACCAGAGGAGGAAGCUUAUGAAAUACUCCAAAAUGGUCUGCUUGGGAAAAAAGAAAGAACAGAAAAUGUUAAAUAUGCAUAUACGUUCAAAGUAAAAGUGGGUGCUUAUCUACAGGAUGAUAUUUACAGAUUGAGAUCUAUACAACAAAAGAUUGUCAUUGCGACACUGAAUGCUGAAUGCAAAGCAAAAUGGGAAAUAAAGGAAGCAAUACAGUGGGUCACUGAACCAGCUGGGUUUAAAGCCUCAUGUAUUAAGGAGCCAACUUUUCCAGAUGAGGAUAUACAUAUCCAGAUGGGACAUGCAACUGUUUCAAAGCUUGGAGUGCUAGGAAUUGGUGCAGCAACCAGAGAACACUGCCACAACAGAGUGAUAUUUAAACAUCUUCUACAAGCCAAGGCCUUGAGUUGUCUCCAAGUUGACAGCUGCAGGCUGGGAAGUGUGAAUGAAAGCUUGUCUAUGCUGCUGAUGGCCAAAAAGUUCCAGAGAAAGGCUCUGCAAAUUGCAGCAGCAAUGAGAAAAUCUUUCUCUCCCCAUCCUUCAAGGCAGUCUGAUUAG